CUAGUCUUCUUCUUCGUUCCUUUUCCUUCCAUGUUAUCCAUCAACAUAUCGAAGAAGUCUUUUCUCAACGGGCAACAAUCAAUCACAGAGUUUUGAGCUGUCACGGAAGCGAAGAGAAGCGUCUCAUUCGAAGUUAGAGAGAUUCUUCAAGUGGAAUAGUCGCAUUUCACACAAUGGGCCAUCCCACAAGACUCCCAGACUUCGACGACGGGAAUCACUUUCAUUGGAGCAAUCUCCAGCUGCUGGCCCCGCCACACUCCAAUUCAUUCAUCCUUAUCAUUCUUUUCAUGAUCAUGUUCAGAUUGGGCUUGUGUCAAGCAAGCACUGAGCUGGUAACCAGUGAUGUUUCAGAAGAGAAGGACUUGUUGGAGACUUACAUUGUCUUUGUAAACAGACCAAAACGAGCUAUUGUCAAUGCACAAGAACAACAAGAUCUAGAAAGAUGGUACCAGUCGUUUCUGCCAGCUGCCACAGUCUCAACAAGCUCAGCAUCCCACCAGCAGUCCUCGCGCCUUGUUCAUUCCUACCGGAGCAUUGUCACGGGCUUUGCUGCCAGAGUAACUGCCGCAGAAGCCAAAGACAUGGAAUUGAAACAAGGGUUUGUUUCAGCCUGGCCAGAGAGGAUGCUCCAAGUCCACACGACACAUACUCCUGCCUUCCUGGGCCUCCAUCAGAAUUCUGGGUUUUGGGACUACUCGAACUAUGGGGAGGGAGUGAUCAUAGGAGUCAUAGACACAGGUGUUGCUCCUGAUCACACUUCAUUUAAUGAUGAAGGAAUGCCUCCCCCACCUGCCAAAUGGAAAGGGAGAUGUGAAUUCAAUGCCUCAUUGUCAUGUAACAACAAGCUAAUCGGUGCUAGAAACUUCGUCCCGACAGCUAGUCAACCACUUGAUGAUAAUGGUCACGGGACGCAUACAUCAAGCACAGCUGCAGGGAGCCCUGUUGAAGGUGCUAGCUUCUAUGGUCAAGUCAAUGGGACGGCAGUAGGGAUGGCACCUAAGGCUCAUUUGGCUGUGUACAAAGCCUGCUUUGCAUCUGGUCAUUGCAGGGAGAGUGAUGUGCUAGCUGCAAUGGACACUGCAGUAGAGGACGGAGUUGAUGUUCUCUCUCUGUCUCUGGGUUAUGGAUCACUUCCUUUCCAUCAGGAUUCGGUGGCCAUUGGUGCAUUUGGGGCGAUUCAGAAGGGUGUUUUUGUAACUUGCUCGGCUGGGAAUUCAGGCCCAAGGCUUUCAUCGUUAUCCAAUGAAGCCCCUUGGAUUUUAACUGUGGGAGCCAGUACUGUUGACAGAAGUGUAAGAGCAACAGUAAGGCUAGGGAACAUGAAUACUGAGAUUCAUGGGGAGUCCUACUUCCAGCCUAAAGAUUUUGCUUCAACUAUGUUGCCUCUUUUUUAUGCCGGCAGUAACAGAAACGCAUCAUUUUGCCAGUCUGGGUCAUUAGAUGAGUUUGAUGUCAAGGGAAAGGUAGUGUUAUGUGACAACUAUGAAGAAUUUAAUGCAGUAGCACAAGGCCAAGCAGUGAAGGAUGCUGGUGGAGCUGCAAUGAUACUCGCCAGUGAUCCUUCUGAGGACUUAAUCCCCACACCAGAGUUCCAUGUUCUCCCAGCAUCACACAUAAGUUCUGCUGAUGGCAAUCUCACCAAAAGUUACAUCAACUCUUCUUCGUCAUCACCAUUGGCUACAAUAAUGUUCCAAGGAACUGUCCUUGGUUUGCCUUAUGCUCCCCAAGUUUCUCUCAGUUCCUCGAGAGGUCCUAGCUCGGCCAGCCCUGGCAUCUUGAAACCUGACAUCCUGGGGCCUGGAUAUAGAAUUCUAGCUGCUUGGCCAGAAUCCAUGGAUAACAAAAACAACACCAAAUCAACAUUUAAUGUAAUCUCAGGGACCUCUAUGGCUUGUCCUCAUCUUGCAGGAAUUGCUGCAUUGCUUAAAAGCUCACACCCUGAUUGGUCCCCUGCUGCCAUCAAAUCUGCAAUCAUGACCACUGCUGAUAGUGCUAAUCUUGCAGGUGAUCCAAUCACUGAUGUGCGAUUUGUCAAGGCUGAUCUUUUUGCUACUGGUUCUGGCCAAGUGAACCCUACAAAGGCCAACGAUCCAGGGUUUAUAUAUGAUAUUCAGCCUGAUGACUACAUCCGCUACUUAUGUGGACUUGGUUACAGUGACACAUUAGUGGAAAUUAUUGUGCAGCAUAAAGUGAGUUGCUCCCAGAAUUUGAGCAUACCUGAAGCACAACUAAACUACCCUUCAUUUUCCAUCACACUGAGCUCCACAACCCGUAGUUACACCAGGACAGUGACAAAUGUAGGAGCUGCCAACUCAUCCUAUAGGUCUGAAAUCCUUGGCCUGCAAGGAGUUUAUGUUAAGGUGACACCUGCUUCAAUUGUUUUCACUGAGGUGAACCAGAAGGCGAGCUAUUCAGUGACAUUCAGCAAAGAAGGAAGCUUCACAAGACCUUCAGCUCACGGGUAUCUCAGGUGGGUUUCCAAUGAUCACAAUGUUACAAGCCCUAUUGCUGUUAAGUUUGAGUUUCAGUAA